GGUAGUGACGCGGCCAGCAUUUGGGGUAGACAUUAGAAACGACAAGGAACGCAAAAUUACCGACACAGCAUUCAGGCAGGCUCCUUCCUGAGAAGGCGGUUUGUAACUGUUGCACUGUAACAACGUAAGAUGCCACCAUGAGGUUUUGCCGUAUACUGGCAUGGAAACGCAAUGAACACCGAUCCGUGUCACAAAUACUGUCAGUUAUACAGAUGAAAGCCGAUAGCAUCACACUGCAUGAGGAACCGUCAAGUUUACACUCGGGGUUGGGAUGUUAAAAGCGGGCGUCAGAAGCUCAGCAUGGAAAGUGGAAAGUCGGUAAGGGAAUUAGGCGACUGAUAUUGCACUCCCAUCCCUGCACGGCAGUCCCGUCCCGAAUGGAGAACAACCACUGCAAGAUUUGCAGAGGUACAGUUUGUUCCAAGGCACGAAACAAGAACCUCUAUCCUCCAGGCUCGGGGAUCAAUCGCCGCACACUUUACCGGUCUCCUCAGUCACAAGAGCCUGAUCCUAUGUUCACAGUGUCGUAUGAAAGGCAACAGGCCCAAGACCGGGAAACCAUACGGGCAAUGCUCACCGGGAGGACUUUACCUGUUGUCCAACACGCCCGGAGUCGUGGUGGUGCAGCGCCAACUGGGUCCCGGGCAUCGAUGACACACUCAUACCAGCUGGCCGCUGCCACGGAAGGAUGUCCAACUGGCCUGAUGGCCGUCCCCGCUUCUCGGGGGCCUGUACCAUCCCGCCUCCCCUGGUCCCUAGGACGCACCCGCAAGCCCCAUCCAUCCUCCGCUCGCGCUCAACCGGAAGCACCUACUACACACGCUACUGGGGUAUUAUCCAACCGAAAAGUACGCCUACUAUUCCCCCCCCCCUUUUCCACUUCAUUGACUUUCUAUUCCAGGGAGCAACAAAGAUGACAAGCGAUGAUAUUGGUGUCAUCCUGGUCACGAAAACAUCGAUGCCAGCUAUCUCUGAGUCUACAGCACCCGUAUACUGGGAUAUAGCUGAACUUGGGCUCGGCACCACUCUUUGCCGCUCCCCCUCGGCUCUUUUAAUUUUACGCGUGGUUCACCUGAUAGCAGCCCGAAGCAAAGCUUGGGCGAGCUUGAGUGGCUUGAUUGCAAGCAUGCAGCGUCAAUGGUGACGGCUACCUAAACAGCAGGUGGAAACGAGGAGGAUGGGGAAAUCUUG